AUGGCGUCCCCUAGUGGAAAGGUUGAUCUUUCCAAGAAAUUAUCAGAGUUACGGUCAAACAACCGCCGAUCUCAAACCGCCGCGUCUCGCGAUACCCCAACCGCCCCUCCCUUGCCUUCGCCGCCAGAUCUCUCCGCCCACCAUCAGUACACACAUCCCACCCGUCGCAUUCUCUCUCCAAAGGACCAUGAUUUGUUCCAGUCCUCCUCCACCUACAAACUAGUUCUAGCCUUCAUCUUUCGUCUAUCCGAUUCAGUAAAGGGCCGUCAAGCUCCCCCUCGCGAGCCUUCUAACCAAACAACUCCUGGUUCCGAUCCGAUCUCAAAGUUACUUAGCGUUGUGGGACAGCUCCGAUCACUUGUUGAGAAGAACCCAGCUCUAGACCAAGGUGGUUCACGAUUUGGAAAUCCUGCAUUCCGCGCCUUCUUCGACGAUGUUGCAACACAAAGCUUGACAUGGCAUACUGAUAUUCUUGGGUAUGCUCAUCUGGAUAUUCCCGCGGAAGCCAAGACUAAUAAUAUUCAUUUUAGUGUAACUGAUAAUUCCGCCAUUGACGAAUGCUCCACAUAUCUUAUCAACUCGCUCGGAUCGCGAGACCGACUAGACUAUGGCUCAGGUCAUGAGCUGAACUUUAUGAUGUGGCUGUUGAGUCUGUACCAGCUCGGUCUACUGCCCGCCACAAACGCCACUUUCCAAGCUCUGGCUCUGCAGGUCUUUGUUGAAUAUCUGUAUCUGAUGCGAGAUAUCCAAUCAACAUACUAUCUAGAGCCUGCGGGUUCCCACGGUGUUUGGGGUCUAGAUGACUACCAUUUCUUGCCGUUUUUGUUUGGUGCUAGCCAGCUCGUCGAUCACCCAUACAUUACCCCACUCAGCAUUCACAACUCAGUUGUACUUGACGAAGAGGGAGACAAAUAUCUCUACCUGGAUCAAGUACGGUGGGUGGAUAGCGUCAAGACUGUGAAGGGAUUACGCUGGCAUAGUCCUAUGCUGGACGACAUCUCAGGCGCGAAGAAUUGGUUCAAGAUUGAAAGUGGUAUGAAGAAGAUGUUUGUCAAGGAAGUCUUAGGCAAGCUCCCUAUUAUGCAACACUUCUUGUUCGGAAGCCUUUUGCCUGCUGCAGAGGGCAUGGGCGAUGAUGCUGUGGAGAACUUAACUGAUGCGAUGAGAUGUAUGGGUGACCAUUCCCAUGAGGACCAGGCUGGUGGUAAGGGCCAUGGCAAUCAUACAGAUUAUUUCGGAGACUGCUGUGGUAUCAAGGUCCCCAGCACAAUUGCCGCUGGUGCUGAGAUGCGUAAGCGCAUGGGUGGCACUGGAUUGCGUCCGAUCCCAUUUGAUUAA